AUGCCGUUCGUCGUGAGAAAAAUCGAGCCGCGAUACGUUGGCCGUGGGCACGUGCCGCAGGAUGCAACGACAGCGGAAACAUGGCCAGUUGGUGCAGAAUUGGGUGCUGUAUCAAAUGGCACAUUGGCAAGUACACUGAAACAACUUGCUUCGUUAUUAUCUGUUGCCGAGGAUAUAUUUGGCGAGUUAACGGCGGAAUUGACGAGUGUAGCAGACAGGAGUGGCGUACUCAGACGAAGAAUCGAUCGACUCGACGAUCGAUUAGCGGGCAUCGAUCCAAAGAAAAUACCAGUUCCGGAAUCCGACAUAUGCACAUUUGCACUGAGAAAGGAGCACUUCAAAGCGUCACGAGAGCCAAUAACGGGUAUCUUUGCGUCUGUUACGAGGCCCCGUGCACUCCAAGAAUUGUACGAUGCAGCAGCAGCAGUUGCUGUACGAAAUUUGGAUAGUCUCAGAAGAGAGAAGGAUGGGAGUUCCAUGGAAAUGUAUCUGUGCACUCCAGUGCUUGGAAAAAGGAGAAGAGACCAGAGUCUGGACAUUGAGUCUAGAGUGCCCGCGGUUUUGGAGGAUUUGAGGAGGUGGACGUCCAGUGAAGCUCUCGGGGAUAUCACGGUUGCACCAGACUGUGCGUCGAGAAUACUCCAGGACCAUGAUACGGAUGAUGCUGUUGAUCAUAAAUUGCCGAGUCCAGAGGAGCAGGUUCAGGCGAUCGCGCUAAAAUUCCCAGCGGAAAUAGUAGCGGUAGAUGUGAGUGGUCGUGGUUUCGAGAGAAUGUCCAUGAGAAGGAGAUCCUUGCUAUCCGCACGGGCAACAGGUGAAAAUCAGGAUGCAAGCGUGAAACGUAGAUCACGACCGCGCAGGCCACGGGGAAAAAGACGAAAUACGAUAGCUGGAACGGACAGAAAGGAGAUUCGUCGAGCAGUUGGAGAAGAGUCGACGGCGAACGAAGCUGACGCUUCGGUUCGAGAGGAUGAGAUUAUAUCUCAAGACUCCCCAGGCAGAGCUCACCGUUCAGCAAGUACAGAUAUACUCGGUAAAAAGGAGUCGCCAACUGAGAGAAAAUGGCACUUUGACACAUUGAAAGCUUGGGGUAUGUCGCGACUAAAGUUAAUAAGCCCAAAACAAGAUGAGAAUAAAAUUGAAAAUAAUUCCCACGAGUUGCAUGGGCCAUGUGACGACACAAACGUAUACGAAAUGAUAACGACCCAGCGUAGAAAGAGGGAUAAAUCGCACGAGAGAAAACCGAGUUCAUCGAGCUCAAGUGGUAAGAGUAUAGCAUCGAGUAUUGCUGUUUCGAUACCGGUGCCAGAGAGGCCAGUAAAAUUGCGCGAAUGUGCCGCGCAAAAAAGGGAGAGGAGAAAAGGUGGAAAUAAUCGUGAUGAUCCACCACACUCGAGUUCUGGUAAUUGGAGUGCGUCGUCAGAGAGCGGUAGAGCGAGUAUAGGAAGUGAAACAACGACUAAUCCACCGAGAUCAACCACUACAACGUCCACUGGGACCUGUUCGAUGUCAUUGAGUCAUGCCAGAAGAUUACGGGGAAGGGACACUUCGACAUCGUCAUCUGUGACGUCCGAGGGUACCCUGACGCCGGAUAUUAUCCAGGACAUUGGGGUAAUGCCAUUCUCCGAUGAUGGGGAGGGAGAGGGAGAGACUUGCUCUAUUUAUUCGUGUGAUACUGAGGGCUAUUACACGUCAUUUCACAUGGACUCGGGGUUGAAGACACUCAGGGAGGAGGAGACAGUACCCCAGACCCCGUUGACUAAGUCCAACGAAGUCAGUCCUGAUUCGGUGUCACCUCUCGUGGAGAACGAGUAUGAGCUGUUUGGGAGGGGAUCCACCUCGACUACUACUAGUUCAGCGGGAACUGUUUGUACUACUCUUCUGGCACCACCGCCACCGGAGAGGAAAUCGAGUCUUACUGUUGUUGCCAUGGUUCAUGGUCAGAAUAAAAACGGCGGAGAAUCCCCGGAUAGUGGACAUAACACAUCCUCAUCUCCAGUGGAAUCAGCAUCGAGUCCAGCCUGCACAGCAAGAUCAUGCUCAGAACUUGAGUAUUCAGAAUCGAGUGAUCUCGAGGGUUGCGAGAGAAUCGAGAGAAUUCGUUCUAAAACAGCAAUAAAUACGAGUAGAAUUCCGUCCAUGUGUGUGAUAACACCUCCAGGAUCUGACGAUGAGAACAGUAAGGAGACACCUCAGGAGUCACCGUCGAGUAAAAAAACCGAUAAUAUGGAGAUAAAGGUGAAUAGCCCUGAUGCCCCUGGGGCUGUCCUCAUGUCAGCAACAGUUGGAACAUCGAAGAUGGAAGUGAUCAACGGUCAGGACAAGAAUCUCUACGCCACUGUUCAAACGAUCGAUCCUAAGGCUAAAGAGGCACCAUCUGAGAGGACACACUUCAAGACAAGUCCACUCAGUGGAAUGCUGGAUAGAAUUCGCGGCGUUCUGCCACUGAGUCGCAAGCAACCAGGAAAGACUGAAAAUAUUCCACAGACGCAAAAUGCCUGUCAUGACUCUGGCGACUAUGUUACCAUAGCCGACGUGAGGAAUAAUAAUGACAAGGGAUGUAAUGCUAAUCAAUUGAUCUAUUCAAAUGGCGAAUUAUUCGAGCAGGAUCGUAGAGACACUGAGUACGUCAGUCUGACUGAAUUACCUAAGAAACCGGAUUCUUCGCUGGAGAGGAAGCGUCAGGGUGCUAGAGUCACUCUGGACUCGGAGGGAAAAGUUGUUUAUUCGUCGGACAGUCUCAAGAGGCGAAAGGGAACACACACGACGUUCAAUCCUGGUCCAUUCGUGAAAGAAACGCCUUCAGCAUCAUCACCGGCGGCCUCCCCAAUGUUCCGACGAGCCCAACCUCAAAUCCGCGCUGUAUCAACAAAACAAUUGGACCGUACCCCAACCACACGAUCCGGCAAACUUGUGAUACGCGCUGGAAAGAGUCCCGAGCGUGCAACUGAAAAAAUCGAACGUGAACAAAAGCAAACACGUGGUGCCUAUGUCAACGUGCAGAGCGAGGAAGAUAAUGCGUUGCUUGCCUUUUCGUCGGAAUCAGCAUCGUCACAGGCUAGUUUACAAUUUCCACCGCCGUAUAUAUCACCUCCUCAGCCUCAGGAUUGGCGACUACGCCAAGAAGAUAACAAUAAAUCAAGUGAUAAAGAUUCGCAGGAAUGCCAGAACCACUCACAUCACCGUAAUAUUACUCAUCAGGGACUAGCACACGAUCCAAGACACUUUAUUGGUAGAAAACCAGUGUUUACACCGAAUCAAUAUUACACACUGCCAAAUCGGAAACCCCAGAGGGAAAUAAGAGAUCCGAUUCGAUGUGUUACGCCAGACAUCACCAGGGGACUUGGCAAACAUCAGAAUAGCCCAGUGGUUUGUGAUCGUAAAAAUUUACAUCAUAAUGGACAGAUCAUAUCGGCUCCUGUGGACUCACGAAAUAGGUUCUUCGCACCACUGGGAUUGAGUGCUCGGGGCUACCGAUUCUUCGCCUCAUCCCCAGUUGACCACCAUGAUCGGUCAACGAUCGAUAAUCUAAAUCACUCCACCAUAUCGCCAGUACCGACUAAACCAUCAGCAAAGUCAAAUCCCACCGUUGCGCAGAGAUUAUCAACACUUGCUGGUAAUCCAUAUGCCUAUUCCACACCAACACUCAGUACCAAAGAGCCCUACAGCGAUUCUGCGUCUGUGGCAUCGUCUUCUGGCAGAACAACACCGACCAAUGGGUUAAUAUCACCCAGCAGGAGUACUAUGUCGAAUGAAGAAUUGUUUACAGCCAUUCAUAAAUCAAAACGAAAGCUCAAUAUUAGGAAUGAUGGAGAGACUUUGAGUGAUAGCACAAAGAGUUUGGAUAGGCGAUUCAGUCAGACUGGGACGAGGCAUAGUUGGAGUCCUGAGUCUGCCAGUGCUCCUGAGGUUCCGCCGACGGUUUCACCCCAGUCAUCAACUUCAAGGAUGGACUUCAAACGUCUUCUCCUCCAACAAAGUACGAAGAUGGGUCCCAGUCGGCUCUCAGCAGCGGAGCAGUUAAAGCUGUCCCGUCAACAGUGUCAACAGCAGUACCAGCCUCGUAGUCAGCAGCCACCUCCACCCCAGCCAUCCCUCGCAAGGGCUCUGAGCCCCAGGUCAGUCUGGCGAUUCCAAACUCCUCGAAGUGAUGUUCUCUCCUCGACGAUUGUCGAGGACGCAGCUGCCGAGGAACGAGCCAUGGAAUUAUCGCCAGAGAAUCAAGUUCACAAUGUUCAUGGAAGACUGAGAACUAGGAGGCAAUUGGACUUGUGUCCAAUAUCUCCGAUUCAAAGGCCAAUCAAUCCUGUAUCAAUCACUCGUUAUUCUGAAAUAGCGACCAGGAAUUUUGGUAAUGAUAAUCGAAUGAAUUCCCCAAGAAGUGCAGAUUCAUAUGCAGAAUCUGAAUCACGUAGAGCGAAAAAUCAACGCGCAAGAGCUGAAUUCUUAGCUGGAGCAUCAUCAACAAGUAGCGAUGAACAUCAUACGGGAUUCAGAGCACGUUCUGAAUCACCUAGGCAGCCAUCAGGAAGUACCAAGGGUGUGGCGAGAAGCCCCAGUGCUCCAACUCUCGAAACUGCACUUUAAAUUUCAUAUGUUAUAUCAUUCAACAAAAGUUCAGGAGAGAAGUAGUAGAGGGAGAUGAGGAAAUUGAGUUACAUGAAUUUUUUUUUAUGAAAAAAAAUGGAAUACGAAAAUUUGAUGGGAAGUAUUACAUACGUAUUUUUUUCAUUUGAAGAAUAAGGGAAAGUCGAGAAGUCAGAGCUAAUUAUAAUGUAGACGUUUUCUAUGGUCUUCAUUUCUUGAAUUUCGACGAUUUAUGAAAAUUUAAAAAUAUGUAUCGGAUAUUUGUCAUCCAUUUUUUAGUGGUAUAGAAAAAACGAUGAGGGUUAUAGAAAAAUCAAAAUCUAGUGAUUCUUUUCUAUUAUAUUUUUCAAUUAAGAAAAAAUGGAAUACGGAAAUUGGAUGAGAAAUACAACAUACGUAUUUUUUCGUUUGAAGAAUGAGGAAACGGCGAGAAGUCAGAGCUAAUCAUAAUGUAGACGUUUUCUAUGGUCUACAAUUUCGUGAAUUUCGAUUAUUUCUAAAAAUUAAAAAUUAUGUAUCUGAUAUUUUUCAUUCAGUUUUUAGAUCCAAAAUUAGGAAAGUUCCAUGCAAAAUUUCGAUUUUACUUGACAGUCGGGUUUCCGGAAAUAAGGAUCAAAGGGGUGUAGUAAAGUUUGCAAAGGAUACGUGCGACAAAAUCUACUAAAAAAUUCUAGAGAAUCCCACGGGGAAUUUGAAAACAAUUUUCUAUAGAAAUUAUUCAUAUGUAAUACCACAAGAU